AUGGAGCCUGCUCCUCUCCUCCUCCUCCUCGGCUUGCUGUGGGGCUGCAGCGGACGACCCGCUGACAAGCUGGCAGUGACGCCGCAGCAGCCGGUGGUGCGGUACGGGGGCUCGGUGCAGCUGAACUGCUCCCUGGCCUGCGCGGGGGGCACGGUGCAGUGGAAGGGGCUGGACACCAACCUGGGGAGCAUCACCUCCUUCCCCACCCACAGCAUCCUGCACAUCAGCAGAGCCAUGGUUGCCACGGAGGGCACCAAGAUCUGCCAGGGGACCUGCCACGGGCAGCGCUACCAGCACGCUGUUGACCUGAAGGUCUACGCCCUCCCGGACACGCUGCAGCUGGAGGCAGAGCCCCGCGCCCUGGAGCCGGGGCAGCCCGGCACCCUGCACUGCUCGGCCCAGCGGGUGUACCCGCUCGUGGGACUGGUGCUCACCUGGUACCGGGGGGACCAAGUGCUGGAGAAGGCGGACUUCGAUGUCAUGGAGACCGACGAGGAGCUGUUCGACAUCAUGGCCACGCUGCUGGUGGCCGGGGAGGAGGUGGGAGAAGGGAUGGAGUUCAGGUGCGAGGUGACACUGAGCAUCGGGCAGGAGACCUUCACCCGGGUGGCAUCUGUGGCCGUGAGCACUGGGGCUGUGACGGAGCAGACGGUGGCCAUGGCCACCUCCACGGGGAGCCCCCGGACAGUGGCGGCUAUGACGGGGAGCCCCAGCACAGCCGGGCCUGUGACCACCACAGCGCUGCCCCCAGAGCCGAGUGUCCCCACACGUGAUCCCACCACAGCCCUGACCAACACACCGCGGGAGCCCGACGCUGAGACCAUCCUGGAGCCGGCUGCUGCCACCGAACCCCCCUCCACAGAGCACCCUGCUCCCCGAGACCUCGUCGCAGGCAGUCCCACGGCAUGCCCGGCCACCACCGCGCUCCCUGGCUCCGGCACUGCCAGCCCCCCAGCUGAGAAGGGGACAGGGCCGUCCGUGGGGACAGUGCCCGCCUGCAGCCUGCGGAUCUGGUCACUGCCUCCCAACGGGACGCGGGGCAGGGCCCUGCGCAUCGAGUGCCGUGCACGGUGCACCGGGAAUGCCACUGUCCGCUGGCUGCGGACCCCCGUGGCCCUCUCGCAGUACCGGGAGGAGGCGGAGGGCAGCAGCUCCACGCUGCAGCUGGACCACGCCGAGCCCCGGCACCAGGGCCACUACCAGUGCAUCCUGCUCGGCCACCGCUCCCAGGUGGUCAGUCUGCAGCUGACGGUCUCGGACGAUUGGUUCAGCACAGGCCCUGCCAUCGCUGCAGGGACAACGGUCUCGCUGUUGGGACUGAUCGUGACCGGCAUCGUGUCUCAUUGCCUGUGGAAACGAUUCAGAUCUCAGUACGAGCUGCCCUAG